CCAAUACUAAGUUUAUGACCAAAAAAUGUAUAUUGCAACAAUAGAACAAUGUAUAUUAUAUACUGUCUAUUAGCACUACCAAAAACUAUAUCUCCUCCACCAGUUAAAUUUUAAAUGCAUGCAUUUCUUUUUAGGACUGAAAAAGUUUAAUGGAAAGAAAAUACAGGAACAGAAUUAGGUACACAUACACAGUGAAUACUGUUUUUGAGUAGAAAUAGUAAUUUGACAUCAUUAACCGGUUUUCAUGUAAUGACAUUGCAUAAAAUAUUCACCUUUUCGCAUUUUUUCUAAAAUUCCAAUAAAGAUUUGAUUAAUGCAUUUUGAGUAUUUAAAGUUAGUUUUAAAAUUUUGUUUUUAUUAUUCACUAUUUGCACCAUGAGCUUAAAUAAUUUAGUUUUUACAAUAUGAAGUUUUUUUUAAUGAUUCUUUUUUUUAUGCGACACAAUCAAUUGUUUUAGUUUAUUUUAUCAAGGUGGAACCUACUGACAUGGCAUAUACAGUCAACUUGGUAUUGUAGUUUUUUCCGCAUCCAUUAAUCUACAUUUAAAAAAUUGUUGCAUAAAAUAAUUUUGCCUUUUUUUUUUAACUCCACAAAAAAGAAACAUUGACUUAAAUUUUGUUUUCAUUUAUUACAUUUUUUUUUUUUAAUUCAUCAAGAACACAUACUGGCAGGCCAUAGAUUGUAUUUGCCACAACUUUAGGCACACCUGAACAAUCAAUUUAGUUUCAUAGGAGAUUAAUACAGUAUUUUUACCUUUUACCAUUUUCAAGAAAUUUCAGAAAAAGCGUGAACUUUAAUGAAUUUUUCAUUACUAGUAAUGAUUUUUUAAAAUAUAACACAUUAGUUGCACAGUGAUCUUAAAAAAUGUUUAAUUUAUUAGUAUUAUUUUUUAUCUUAUCAAGAAGGAAUCCACUGAGAGGCAUCGCUCUGCAUGCAGCACUGAACUGCUCUCGCACCUCCCCCGCACAACGAUGCGUCAUCCAGGGGGUGUAUCCUAACGGAAACCCCCCGUCCAGAUGGAGCUGCUGCGGCUUUGAGAGCUCAGGAAGAGGAAGAGGAAGAGGAAGGACGCACUGCAGAGGCGGCACUGCCAUGGGCAACGCACAGCAGAAACCACCCGGCAGCGGGGGAGGGGGAUCCGCAACGGGGAACGGGAGCAGCUCCAAGGAGGUAGCCAACGGGAACGCUGAAAGGAUCCCACCCGGGGGGCCGGAGGAGGCCCAAUGCCCCGCGGUGGAUCAAAGUUAUCUGGACGCCCCGGCUGGGGGUCUCCCUCCCCACCUGGCCCGCAUCAAGAACGAGGGCAACUACCUCUUCAAGCAAGGACAGUUUGGCGACGCCCUGGACAAGUACACCGAGGCCAUUGACGGCUGUGCUCAAGCAGGCAUCAGCAACCCAGAAGACUUGUGCGUUCUGUACACCAACCGGGCCGCUUGCUACCUAAAGGACGGCAACAGCGCCGACUGCAUCGAGGACUGCACCAAGGCCCUGCAGCUACAGCCGUACCACCUGAAGGCCUUGCUGCGCAGAGCCAUGGCCUAUGAAUCACUGGAGCGCUACCGAAGGGCGUACGCGGAUUACAAAACCGUCCUGCAGAUGGACACCGGCGUGCAGGCGGCGCACGACAGCGUCCACAGGAUCACCAGGAUGCUCAUCGAGCAGGACGGGCCCGAGUGGCGGGAGAAACUUCCGGAGAUUCCCGCCGUGCCGCUGUCGGUGCAGCGGGAACACCGCGAGAAACCCGUAAGCGUCCAGCAGGCCCGAGCGAGAGCGGCCCGGGCUUUGUGCGAGGAAGCCCGACGAAAAGAGUACCGCUUCAAUGCGCUGAAACAUGAAGGCAACCAACUGGUGAAGAAGAAUCACUUUCACGAUGCUCUGCACAAGUACAGCGAAUGCCUCGCCUUAAAACCAGACGAAUGUGCCCUCUACACAAACAGGGCCAUCUGCUUGCUGGAGCUGAGCCGCUUCCAGGAGGCCAAGCAGGACUGCGACUCCGCUCUCCACCUGGAGCCCGGCAACAAGAAAGCCUUCUACAGACGAGCGCUGGCCCACAAGGGUCUGAAGGUGGCCACCGCAGCAUGUUAUACUGUAUUUUUGGGCUCUUACCCAAUCUCCGUUUGUCCCCCCGCACAGAACUACCUGUUGGCCAGCGGCGACCUGGAGGAGGUCCUCCGGCUGGACCCAAACGUCGGGGAGGCUGAGCGGGAGCUGCUGGAGGUGACCGCCCUGCUGAGACGAAGCCUCAUGGACGAUACGGCGCACACGUAGAGGGAUGUGAUGACAAGGUGCAAUCUUCUUCUCUCUGAAGAGUGAAAACCUCACUGGCUGUCGACUGCAAUCUACUUUUGUGGAAUCUCAGAAGGGGAAUUUUCUGGAAAAACGUACCUCAGAAGUGAAACCAUUAUCUUGAGCCAAAUCUUGCGAUCUAAAAGGAUUCAUUUUCUUUUUUUUUUUUUUCUUUACCUUUUUUGUGGCCUCACCAAAGUAGUACAACAGUGAUGGCACAUUUUGCUUUUUAUAUUUUUUUUUUUUUGGGCACCACCCCAGAAUACACUUUACAUGAUUUCCUCAUGCCUUCCCAACAGGGAUCAUAUUGGGUGUUUCACUUUGGAGGUUCCACUGUAAAGUGCAUGUUUGCUAUGCAGUUUUAUUCUACUUGUGUUGUAACCUAAUGGCGGAUGACUGGUUCGAACAUCUGGGUUGAAAUCCGGAGUUUGCAGUGUUCUCCCCGUGCCUGUGUGGGUUUUCUCCGGGCACUCCGGUUUCCUGCCACAUCCCAAAACAUGCCUGCUAGGUUAAUUGAAGUUUAAAUUGCCCGUAGGUGUGAAUGAUUGUUUGCUUGUAUGUGCGCUGCGAUUGGCCCGCCUCUCGCCUUCACUUAGCUGGGAUAGGCUCCAAGCACACCCACGACCCUAGUGAGGAUAAGCAGUAUAGAAAAUGGAUGGGUGGAUAUAAUGAAAACAUCAUUUUAUUAGCUAGCAACGAGCUGUAAAUUUUGUUUUCGUUAAGCCAAUGUGCUGCAUGUAUUUUAUGUAAAUAGCACAAGUGUACAUAUUAAAAAAACGUGAGACUUGAUUUGAGAAUUUUUAUUGUUUAAAGAUAUGCAUUUGGAUGCACAUUACAAAGCCAAUGAUAAUAAAUAUAUGCUUUCCCCCAAAUGGAAAAAAAAAUGAUAUACUGUAAAUAAACCAAAUUUUCAUGAAAAUAUCACUCCUGUGUUAGAAUUCAGAGAGACUUGCGUUUUGAUGACAAAAAAACUUGCAAAGCUUUCCCCAAAAAGGCACUAAGGGCCAAACACUUAUUUGCAUUCAUGGUUUGUGAGAAAAAGGGCUAAAACAGGGAAAUAAUGUAUAAAAUGUAAAUUAUUCAAGGGAGAAUUCAACUUAAAAAUGACAAAAAUUGUUGUACAACUGCUA